AUGAUUCCUUUAAUUUUCAUUGAUAUUUCGAAUAAUCAUACAUUAAAUUCUUCUAGAAUCCCAUUUCUUAACGUUCUAAAUAAUGUUCCAACAGCACCACCAUUAUCUUCGUUUCUUCAGGAAACAAUUAAUACUUUACAACGUGAUAAAACAAAUUUAAUCAGAAAAAACGAACGAUUAACACAAUCUAAUCAUACUGUACGAGCUGAACUUGUAAGAGUUAAUCAUGAACUUCAAGAAUUAAAAAUGUAUGAAGGUGCAGAGCAGGAACAUAAGGACGGUGGUGAUACGAAAGAUGGCAGUGGUACGGGAGAUGGUAGUGGUACAGGAGAUGGUAGUGGUACAGGUGGUGGUGGUGGUGGUAUAUGA